AUGUUGAAGCGGAUCGUGGGUAUGGGCUGGGCACGCCCGGCACGCUUCCACACGUCGGCGGUGGCUCGGGCCAGUUUGUUUGGCGAGGUCACCGAGGGGGCGACGCCCGAGCCGGUGGCGACGCCGUCGCUGCUGCUGGCUGGAGGUGAAGGCGCCGACGCCAGUGAGGGCGCCCCCGCGGUUAAGGACGACGCCGAUUUACAGGCUUACAAACACGAACAGGCACUCGCCGCCCAGGUGGAGGCGCUGAAGUUUAUCACGCCGUUGAAGCGGGCGUUGUUCAACGCCAACGUCGCCGCCAACGGGUUCUUUAAAAACCACCAAGUGGUGCAACACGAGGGCGCUACCUAUAAAGUGCUGUUGACUGAGGAAGAGAUCGACGUGCUUGAGCCGCUGGUGUACGUGCUGCUGUACCGGCUUAAAUCGCUGAUGAAGAAGGCGACCCAAGUGAACCGGUUUGUGCGCGGGAUGGGGGUGAAGCAGGCGAUCAACCAGUUGCACUUUAACCCCAAGAAGAUGCUGACCGAGGUGGAACAGUUGUUGAAGCGUGGGUUGGAGCAGCUGGAGCAGAUCGGGUUGGCGCCGGAGCUGAUGUACAUCCACGCGUUGUGGGUGGGGAGCGACGGGCAAUGGCGCAAGCGGCUCGACGCCAAAGGCCGCGGGCGCACCGGGGUGAUUAGUCACCCGUACGUCCACGUCAAGGCGGUGCUUAAGAGCGAGCAGACCAAGCUCCGCCGCCAGUGGGAGCGCCAGCAAGCCCAGCAGCAGGCGAAGCCGCGGAUGUUCUUGGACAACCAGCCGCUCAACUUGAAGGUCCGCGGGUACUACAAGUGGUAA